AUGACGCAGAGUCUCCCAUACAACGCAUUUCUCUUCGAUGGCCAGGGCACCCCCGCCAGCUUCGCCCCACAGACUAUCGCCACUGCGCUCCGAGAUGCUGAGCUGCCUCUAGGGAGCGCUCUCCUGCUAGCUUGCCACCAAGCAUUUUUGCACGAGUUUCAGUCCCUCUCACCAGACGAGCAAUCAGUUUCGGGACUAGACAUUCCUCGAUUCUCCUCACCUCGCGCUUUGUUACAUAUCUCGCUCGACCUCAGGAGUAACGCCAUCGUUGCAAAUACACAUCUCUUCCUCGUCCAAGUACUGCGCUAUCUGGCUGCAGCCGGUGUCUCCAGUCCGGGGUCGAGCGGUUUCUCCACAGAAGCUUCUAAUUUCAUUGGGUUUUCGUCAGGAAUGUUCGCAGCCACUGUCGUUGCAGCCUCACAGGAUAUCCCCUCAUUCCUAGUCAAUGCCGUCGAGACGUUCCGACUCGCUUUCUGGUUAGGUCUGCGCUCGCAGCAAUUCGCAUCCUCGACGCUUUCUCUCCAGCCGUCUUCUGAUGCGUCUGCGCCAUGGAGUUUUGUAUUUUUUGGUGCGCCCCGUGAUGAGGUCCAACGUGCUGUGGACAGCUACAACCAGAAUCAACCGUCUGGCCCUGUUUUACAUCUCACCGCGGUGACGCAUGCUACUUGCGUUUCGGUUUCUGGCAGACCGGAAGCUUUGUCCGAAUUUAGAGCCAAUCACUUAUUGUCCACUUCUUCAAAAUCUGCAGCGAUCCAUACUCUGUACCACUCUUCUCAGACGGGAGAAGUCAAGGAUCGCAUCAUGGCCGAUAUCGCUCGGCGGAACAUCCGUUUUCCCACUUACGAUGCACUAAAGCACUCCCUGCGCUCCACGGUCGACGGUGAAAUAAUCAGCGGAGCAAACCACGGAUUCUCCCCAACACUAGUCGAGGCGAUCGUCGACAUGACAAUGCUCCAUCCCGUAAAUUUCGAUCGCGUCAUCGCCGCUAUUUCUUCAGAUCCGGCCGUCAAGGACCGUUCUCUCCGCCUCAUGAACAUCGGGCCUGGUACUUCGCUCUGGCGCGGGAUGGCGAGGUCGUUGCAGGAUCUGGAUAUCACUGUCGUCGAUUGGACGUCCAUCGCAGACUCUGAGGGUCCAUCCAACCCAGUCCCGAGAGCCCUUGUAGAUUCUGCGCCCAGUCGCGAACCAAUUGCCAUCAUCGGCAUGGCUGUCAAUCUUCCCGGUGCUCCAGACAUUAACGGGCUCUGGGAAGUACUUGAGAAGGGCCUCAACACCGUGUCCGAAAUUCCCAAGCGCCGGUUUGACGUCUCCAAGUAUACGACUCCCUCGAAGGACUUAAAACGGGUGAUGAAGACGCGGUUCGGAAAUUUCAUCGAGAGCCCCGACGCUUUCGACAACGUGUUUUUCCGCGUUUCACCCCGUGAGGCGCGCAGCAUGGAUCCUCAGCAGAGGGUUCUCCUCCAGGUAACCUAUCACGCACUCGAGAACGCGGGUUACGUGCCAAACGCCACACCCUGCUUCAACCCGGACACAUUCGCCACAUACGUAGGCGUGGCGACAAAUGAUUACGUGCAGAACCUGCGAAACGACAUAGAUGUCUACUAUAGCACGGGCACUCUGCAGUCCUUUUUGAGUGGCAAGGUCUCAUAUGCGUUCGGAUUCAGCGGGCCUUCCUUAGUCAUCGACACGGCGUGCUCCUCAUCCAUGGUAUCUAUCUAUCAGGCUUGCCGCGCUCUCAACAAUGGUGAUUGCAACGCCGCUAUUGCUGGAGGCGUCAAUGUGAUUGCCAGUCCAGACAUGUACUUCGGCCUUGAUCGAGCGCACUUCCUCAGCUCCACCGGCCAGUGCCGUCCCUGGGAUUCCUCCGCCGAUGGGUACUGCCGUUCUGAGGGAUGCGGGAUGUUCGUGCUGAAGCGCCUGUCCGACGCGCUGGCCGAGCAGGACAACAUCCUGGGCGUCAUCCGCGGCAUCGAGGUCAAUCAGUCUGCGAACGCCGAAUCUAUCACGCAUCCGCACGUUCCGACGCAGACCCAGCUGUUCAAGAAGCUGCUCGCGUCGACGGGUAUCCAACCGAGCCGCAUCAGUGUCAUCGAGGCGCAUGGUACGGGCACGAAGGCGGGCGACCCGACCGAGCUUGAGAGUCUCCGCAACGUCUUCGCCGUCAACCGCACCGCGGAGAAUCAGCUUCAUAUCACGUCGGUGAAGGCGAACAUAGGCCACGCAGAGGCCGCGUCCGGUGCUGCUGGUCUGGCGAAGCUGCUCCUCAUGAUGCGCAAGCGCACCAUCCCGGCGGUGAUCUCGUUGAAGCAGCUGAACCCCAGGAUCCCUGAGCUUUCCAUUGACGGCACUUGCAUCGACACGCGGCUCACGCCAUGGAGCGCGCCCGCUGAUGGCGAUAAGCGCCUUGCUCUGCUCAACAAUUUCGGCGCAGCGGGCUCCAAUGGGGCCCUGAUUCUGGAAGAACCUCCUGUGCCUCAGUCGUCUGGUACUGCUUCCGCGCCUACGGCCGUCGUCGUCGGCUUCUCGUGCGACAGCGAGGCCGCCGCCGCCGAACUGCGCAGGUCGUACCUGCAGUACGUCGACGAGUCGGUGCACGACCAGCUGUCCCUCGCGGACUUCGCGUACACUGCAACAGCGCGUCGGAAGCUCUACAGGUACCGUGUCGCCGCCUCUGGCAAGACGAAGGCAGAGCUAUGUGCCAACCUCAAGGACGCGAAGAUGAUUGAAGUGGAGAAGUCGGCGGGCAAGACCGUGUUUGUGUUCUCGGGUCAGGGUGGGCAGUAUGUGGGUAUGGGCGCGAAUCUGUACAAGAGCACGCCGGCGUUCCGUCGUAUUGUUGACGAGUGUCACAGCAAGUUGAUCUCGUGGGGAUAUCCGAGUAUCUUGAGCGUCAUCCGUCCCUCCGGUGAUGCUGACUCUGCUUCAGCCGAUUCUUUCGAGGUGUUCCAGUCUGCGGUGUUCGUUCUCGAGUAUGCGUUGGCCUCGCUGUGGAUGUCGUGGGGCGUUCGACCUGACGCGGUCGCUGGUCAUAGUCUCGGAGAGUAUGCGGCUCUAGUUACCGCAAACGUCAUUACCAUCGAUGACGCUCUCAAGUUGGUCGCGGAGAGAGCUCGGCUCAUGAGUCAGAAGUGCGCUCCUAAAAUCACCGGCAUGCUGGCGGUCAGGGUGAGCCCCUCGAAGAUGACGGAGAUCCUCAAAUCAGCGAACUAUCAGAGCCUGUCGAUUGCGUGUUACAACAGCACUGCCGACUGUGUCCUUGGGGGCAAUCUGGACGAGUUGAAGUUACUGCAGGGCGAGUUGAAACAAGCGGGGAAUAAGACCAUCCUAUUGAACGUCCCAUACGGGUACCACACUUCUGCCAUGAGCCCCAUCCUCCAAGACUUGUGCCAGCUCGGUAACCAAGUGAAGAUCUCGGCGCCCACGAUCCCUAUUGUCUCUAACGUUUACGGAGUCGUCGUAGCCCCGGGCGAUCACUCCAAAUUCACGCCUGACUACUUCUCCCGUCACUGCGGAGAACCUGUCCAGUUCGAACAAGGGGUGACGAGCCUCAUGGGUAUUGAGGAGUUCGCGAAGGUGUCUGCUUGGAUAGAGAUCGGACCGCACCCUACAACACUCCCCAUGUUGCGCUCCAUUCCUCUUGCGUCGCAGAACACCCUGCACCUUCCGUCGCUCCGCAAGGACAUACUGGACUGGGAAACUCUGUGCGGAACUCUCUCUAGCUUGUACUGCGCUCAGACGUCCCUCUCGUGGCGCAGCGUGUUCACUGAUCUCGCGCAGACUGCCAGACUUGUCGACCUUCCCUCGUAUCCGUUCGCCGACACCCGAUUCUGGGUGCAGUAUGAGGACGAACGUCCGACCCAGAGCCUCGAUGCCCCUGUUACCAAGGCUGCAGCUCCGCCGCGUUUCUCCUUGCUGGGUACUUGUAUCAGCGUGCCGCCUCCAGACGUGGAAGAAGCAGCCGUUUUCGAGACUCCGAUUGAAAUUCUUUCCCAUCUCAUAGAGGGGCACCUGGUGGCCGGAUUUGCUCUUUGCCCAGCGUCGGUGUACCACGAACUUGCACUUGGCGCCGCACACAUUCUGCUAGAGAAGACUGGCAAGCUGGAUCCCGACGUUGUCUUAGACCUUUCGGAGAUCGUCUAUGCGAAUCCGCUCGUGUAUUCAUCCGAGGUCCGUCGGACGAUUAGAGUGGAGGUGACGCCGUACGAACGAGACGAGAAGCACACGGGCAAGUUUACCAUUGGCUCGUGGGUGGACACACCUUCGGACAACCAGGCGCAUUGCAGCGGCUUCUUCGUGAAGCGAUCGGCGACAUACGCGAGCUCGAAGUUGGCACUCUCGAAGACCAUGAUCGAGCGCCGCAUUCAACCCAUGCAGAACGGUUCUCCGGCGUCGGAGACUUUCUUCACGCAGACGGCCUACAACGUCAUCUUCUCCCGGGUCGUCCAGUACUCGAAGGCAUAUCACACGAUGAAGUCGGUCACCAUCGACCCGAACGGCGUCGACGCUUUCGCCGUGGUCAAACUGCCACCCGAGGCUUCGUCUGGCCAGUUCGUCGUCCACCCCAUCUUCAUGGACACCUUGCUGCACGUCGCCGGAUUCGUCAUCAAUUGCAACGCUGGUCAGAACGAAGCAUUCAUCUGCAGCCAAGUCGACAAGGCGAAGGCCAUUCCCGAGCUCAUCAAUCCCUCCACGACGUACGGCGUCUACUGCAACAUCGGCUUCCUUUCCGAGACGCUCGCCGUCGCCGAUGCUUAUGCUAUCGAGCUUGAUGGGACAGCGGGCAACGUCGUGGCACACAUGAAGAGGAUGCGGUUCCGAAAGCUCAGGAUGCCCGGGUUCAAGAGUCUCUUGGCGAGGGUAGCACGUGGUUCGUCUCAAACACACGCAGCACCUGCUAUUAGUCAGCCAGGGAACCGCGUCCCUGCCGCAACGCAAGGAUGGGAAGACAAGCUGAUUGGUCUCAUCGCUGAGACGUGCGAUGUCAACGUUGCCGACAUCAAGCUGCAGUCGCGACUCUCGGACCUCGGGAUAGACUCCCUCAUGAGCAUUGAGCUCGCUGGUCGCAUCCAAGCGCUCUUGCCUUCGUGCGACAUUGAUGCUAACGCCGUCGCCUCGUUCAACCGCGUGGGGGAUCUCGUGCUGGAACUCAAGGACAAGUGUGGAUCCUCGACUUCUGCUAGCUCUGACACACUCCACGACAGUGACAUUGUCUCUCCUCCCCCAACGCAGGUCUCGAGCCCCAGGACACCGGAUUCACUGUUGAAAAUUAAGGAAAUCAUGUCCUCGAUCUUGGGCGUCGCCAUGCGAGACCUGUCUGAGGACCAGGACCUCGAGCGCCUGGGCUUGGACUCCCUCACUUCUAUCGAGGCGCGCCACGCUCUGCAGUCUUCGCUGAACGUCAACCUCGCGGAAGACGUCUUCAUGAUCUGCAAGACGAUCCGAGACAUCGACACGGCGGUAUCGGCAAUGCUCUCGCCGCCUUCCGAUGUCCCGAAGGUGCAUCCCAAACACACGGAGCAAUCGGAGAAGCCUGCGUUGCUCGGCACUGAGAUCAACCCCGUCAGGUUGCAGGAGGGCAGUAGCGCUGGUACGCUGCCUCUUUUUCUGAUCCAUGAUGGCAGCGGUAUGGCCCAUCCGUAUGCGCGCCUUUCGCCGCUCGGUCGCCCACUCUGGGGGAUCCAUAACCCGAAACUUCCGACGGGAGAUGCGUGGGACGGCGGCGUGCUUGAGAUGGCGAGCCACUACGUGGAGCUGAUCAAAGCUGCCUCGGGUACGACUGGAUGUAUCGUUGGAGGAUGGUCGUUUGGAGGAGUCCUUGCCUUCGAGGUAGCCCGGCAACUCAUCAGAAGCGGCAUUCGUGUCCCUGGAAUCGUGCUCAUCGAUUCCCCCCACCCACUGACGAAGAGCCCUCUCCCCGAUUCGCUCAUCGAGAACGUGAUCGGAGGCAAGGGGUCAACGAACAAGCUCACCGAGCUUGUCCGUGCGCAGAUGCGCCAUGCCACCCGAGCGCUCAUUAGCUAUGAUCUGUCGCAGUCUCCAGCCAGCGGCGUGCUUCCGCCAAAGGCAGUGAUGUUGCGCUCACAGGAGGCCUUCUCGCUUCCGAGUGUUGAGACCGAGUCGGCGGCUUUCCUGGCGGAACGAGGCGACCCUGCAAGCUCUGUCGCGCAGUGGGAGAAGGUCCUUGGUGUCUCUGUUCCCGUUAUUGACAUUCCUGGCAAUCACUUCGAGCCGUUCGAGCCCAGAUACGUCGGCGUCGUCUCGGAGAAGCUGAAGGAAGCAGUGGCUAUGUUAGAUUGA